UAUAUGUUAUACUAACAUAUAGAUGGCUUCCAAGCUAAUAUACAAAUAUUAGACAUAAACUAAAUGCCACAAAACUGCAAUUUUGUUUUCAAGGGGUAUGAAAUGCUAUAUAUAAUAUAAUUUUCAUAAUUGUUUCAUCUAUGCCAGCAAAUAGCCAUUUGAAUGUUUUUCCUCAAAUAUGGUGUGGCAAUUCAUGAUUUUGGUAAAAGCUGGAGAAGUGGUUUGGCAUUUCUGGCACUGGUUACCUUCUGUCCUGAGUUUGUGGACAUGAGGAAAGCUUUGUCAUUUGAGCCACGACUAAAUAUGGAGACAGCCUUCACAGUGGCGUAUGAGUAGCUUGGAAUUCCUCCUCUACUGGCUCCAGAUGAUGUAGCAGUGCGUUCACCAGAUGAGCAGUGUGACAUCACCUAUGUGGACCAGUUUCUUGAGUGUUGUUCAGGCCAUGAUAUGGAUGAUGCGUCCACAGAUUCCUCAAGAGACACAUCAAACUCCAUUGAAAGAUGGGACAGCUCUUGGGCUGUUUCAGCCAGCUGUUGUGUGUUAUCAUCCAAUGUCUCUCUUGAGGCUUUGACAGGCCUCUAUAAUGUUUCCGAGACCAGCCAAGAAGUUUUACAACAUUUGAGCUCUUCAUCUCUCAAAUUUCAGAAACAAACCCUCCAUACUCAAGAGCCCUGCUCACAGUCACUUCCAAACUGUCCUACAGACAGCCUUGUGGGUUUAGCUUCAAUAUGUGAACAUUUUUAACCUUUGAAGAGUUCCAACAGGUCACAUGGACAGUCCCUACCUAACUCCACAAAGGGGCAGUGCUGUUACUUCUUAGAGUGCAAGAAGAGCCAGGAUGAUGAUGGGAACUGUUCAGCAGGCGAGGACAUUUAUGCUAUGUCAAUGCUGGAUUUAGACGAGGAGGAUGCUACAGCUACAUCGUAGAUCUGGACCAUAAAGAAGCUGGACUAGAUUCUAAAUCAAAUGUAGACUUUGAAUUAAGCACAAUCACUGAUGCACAGAGAAUAGAAAUGAUGCUAUUACAAGUGAAUCUCAAGGAAAUGGAAUAAACAACUCUAUGCGUCAUUUUUGCAAGACAGCAAGGCCUUUAAGUGGAAACAGAUGUAUUGAUAAAGUCAAGUAGUGAGGACAUUCCUGUUUCACAGAGGGAAUGUGACUGGAUAGAGACUUCACCUCCAUAUCUGGAGCAGAAUGACUAUGGAGUGAACAUCAGUACUUCCCACUCUUUGGCGAUGAAUCAGAUUGGUACACACAACACAGAUAAGACUGUCAUGUCAUCUAGUGAUGAACAUAUGGACUUUGACCAUUCUUCUGACAUGAAAGAGAGUAUUCACUCGGACAAUCUCAGUGAUGUUCCAUCUGUGCAGAUCGAAAAUGGUCUAGAUAAGGAUUCUUUAUUAAAUAGUCUACU